UCAGCCGCUUCCUCUUUCUCCUCGACUCCUCCAGCAGGAACAGAUCUGCCCCAUCAGAGUUCACUCAUUCGGCAGCGCAGAGAUGUUGGCCCUCAUCCACCGGCUCCUGGACUGGUUCAGGUCCCUCUUCUGGAAAGAGGAGAUGGAGCUAACGCUGGUGGGACUACAGUACUCUGGAAAAACCACUUUUGUCAACGUAAUUGCUUCCGGUCAGUUCAAUGAAGACAUGAUUCCUACGGUCGGCUUCAACAUGAGGAAAGUCACUAAAGGCAAUGUUACGAUAAAAAUUUGGGAUAUAGGAGGGCAGCCACGGUUCAGAAGCAUGUGGGAGCGAUACUGCCGGGGUGUCAAUGCCAUCGUGUAUAUGGUUGACGCUGCAGAUCGUGAAAAGGUCGAAGCCUCGAGAAACGAGCUACACAACUUAUUAGACAAACCACAGCUGCAAGGCAUUCCUGUACUUGUGCUUGGCAACAAAAGAGACCUCCCCAGCGCCCUAGACGAGAAACAAUUGAUCGAAAAGAUGAACCUGUCCGCCAUUCAAGACCGAGAGAUCUGCUGCUACUCCAUUUCAUGCAAAGAGAAAGACAACAUAGACAUCACACUGCAGUGGUUGAUCCAGCAUUCAAAGUCUCGGAGAAGCUGAAAGCAGACCCCGUCCUGCCUCUGUUCCAGCUCCCAGCUCAGCUCAGCGCUCUUCAAACCGGCCGGCCCUUCCUGUGAGCAGUGACGCAGUCCCUCGAAGACGCAUCUGUCUGUCUCAUUACACACAGUAAAGCUUCUUUAUGGUUGCUCUCAUUUAGGCAGUUUUUUGGCUGAAUUUAUUAUUUUUUUUUUAUGGUAAACCUUGUAUCGGGAAUUUGCCUUCCUGUCCUGUGAAAUAAGUUUGUGUUAUUGUUUGGGGUUUUCUUUUGUUCUGCUUAGUUUAUCGUUUGCUUGUUUUUUUUUUUUUGUAUAAUUUUGUAUAAUUUAUUGCGGUAAAUAAUUUUUUUUAGAACA